UGCAUGCCCUGCUUUCCUCUACCAAGCUGUGGAGAAGUCUGUUCGACGCAGGUCGCGAAGUUGAUUUCGAUUCGAACCACGCGCAAGGUUUCGUUUUGUCUCUCCAAAAUUCGCUUUUUCCAUUGACGACAAUGGUGGUCUACACCGCAAGUGCUCCGGCCGGAAGGACCGCGAAGAAAGACGUGCCCGCGAGGCGGGCGCCUUUGAGCAAGACGGCGCAGGUCGCAAAGAAGACGCCGCCUGUGCCUCAAGCUGUCAAUGGAGUCUCACCUUUCGAGAUCAUGGCCGGCAGAAUCGCGAAUAGAGUGGCGGAAAUGGCGGAGAACGUGACGUUCGUGGAGCGGCAGCCGAAGGCGACACAAUCUGAGGCGCCGCAGGCCAACGCGAGAAAGCCGCCGCGAAAGCUCGAGAUCAGACUGCCCAAUGCCGGCGCCGACGGGGUCAAGUUCUCGGCGCCAUUCCUGGACAACACGCUUGCGAAGAUGCUGGCGCUGCAGAACCGGAUGCUGAAGACUGGUAGCGAGAUCGCUGCGUCGGAUGCGAGCGAGAAAGUCAAACGGGAGCAGUUUGAACAGAGCGCUGAACUGUCACGCAUCAUUGCGCUCAUUUGUGCAGAGAAGGCCAGGCAAGGCGCAUAGCAAGAAGCCAUGUUAUUCGCGAUAAGGUAUCGAAAAGGGGUUAAGCAGUUGACCUUGCGCCGUGAUGCAUCUUGGUUCUCAAGGAACAGGCAUUUUUGGUCAGUCAACGACAGGCUUUCCAUCUGACAUUGGACGCUUUGUAUCAAUAGUUCAACAAGCAGACGUCUACACAUACGUAGUGUCUGUUUCUCCAUCAUCAGGGCCAGAAUCUUUCAAAAAUUAUUAAACCAGCAUUCUACUGGCUCAACUCUCAAGGUGCCUGCAGAGCUAGGAGAAACAAAUAAAACAGCAGCAGGAUCAAGAUAUGGACACCUGUCGGCCACAGAAUUACUUCUUCC